GAGCUUACUGGACCGGGCGGUCCAGGCACUUAACUCCAGGUUUAGAUGGGCAGGUAGCGGCUUGCGAGAUUCCAAAGAGGCCAUUCCUUCUCGAUCGGAAAAAGCGAAAUCCUUUUCUCCGUCGAUCUGCAGGAUAAAAUCAGCCCUUGAUUUGGAUACGCGAUGAGGUUAGAGAAGUGUUGGUUCUGCUCUUCGACCAUAUAUCCAGGACAUGGAAUUCAAUUCGUUCGGAAUGAUGCGAAGAUAUUCCGAUUCUGCCGGUCCAAAUGCCAUAAAAAUUUCAAAAUGAAGAGGAAUCCUCGUAAAGUAAAAUGGACAAAGGCAUACAGGUUGUUGCACGGGAAGGAUAUGACUAAGGACUCAACAUUCGAGCUUGAACGAAAACGCAACCGGCCAGAAAGAUACGAUAGGAAUGUGACGGAGAAGACACUGAAGGCCAUAAAGAAGAUCGAUAAGAUCAGAGUGGCCAGGGAGGCUAGACACCAUGCAAUGAGGAUGAAGGGUAAAAAGGCAACUGAGAAGAGAGCUGCAGUUACUGAGUUGGAGAAGAGUAUCGACUUGGUCAGAGCACCUGCUGCCCUUCUUCAGGACACAGAAUUUGCGCCGAAGAUCAAAGUCAAGGUUUCCGAAUCACAGCCUGAGGCGGAGCGAAUGGAGGAAUGAAAGAAGAUAGUCUCGAAACACUUAAAAAGACUUUGAAAUUAAGGGGAAAUGAUCUCUCAAUCUUUCUUUGCUUUUGCUGGCUGUGGAUGAUGUUUGAAAUUAAGGGGAAAUUUAGUCCGUUGUUCUACUGCUAUAAUCAAUUCUGAUCAAAUUAGAGUUUUUUUUUUUUAUCAA